UGAGGUGGUUGCAGCCGAUCGGCGCGAAUCGUGGGGGUGUAUUUCGUGCAGUUUUCAUUCGGCAUUAUUGGGGGAACGUCAUUUUAUGGCCAUCUAAACAUCAUGGAUAUCAGACCCAACCAAACAAUUUACAUCAACAACUUAAAUGAGCGAGUGAAGAAGCCAGAACUGAAGCACUCCCUCUAUUGCCUCUUUUCUCAGUAUGGGCCAAUCCUGGAUAUUGUGGCACUCAAGACACCAAAGAUGCGGGGCCAAGCUUUCAUCGCGUUUAAGGAGAUCGGGAAUGCCACCAAUGCAUUGAGAUCGAUGCAAGGAUUCCCAUUCUAUGAUAAGCCCAUGCGGAUCCAGUACGGAAAAUCCGAGUCCGACGCCGUGUCCAAGCUGAAGGGCACGUACCGCCAGGAGGGCGGCAAGCGCAAGGAGCCGGUCACCAAGAAGCCGAAGAAGACGAAGCCAGGUGCGGCUGCGGCGCCGGGCGCGCGUCCCGCGACGGCCGAUGGUGACCAGGCGGACACGGCGCCCGGUCCCGAGCAGCCGCCCAACCAGAUCCUCUUCCUCACCAGCCUGCCCGAGGAGACCAACGAGAUGAUGCUGCAGAUGCUGUUCAACCAGUUUCCGGGCUUCAAAGAGGUGCGCCUGGUGCCGGGCCGGAGCGAUAUCGCCUUCGUCGAGUUCGACUCGGAACUGCAGUCGACGGCCGCUCGCUCCGCCCUGCAGGGCUUCAAGAUCACACCCACCCAUGCCAUGCGCAUCUCGUUCGCCAAGAAGUGAGCCGGCGGACGUGCGCGUGAUAGCUUGAUUGGUGGAUUGACAGUGACGUCACACUGCCUGUGGCAGUCGGCGCCGCGCCGUCAGACUGACUUCAUCGUCGCAUUGUUCAUCUCACGGUAUGUAGACUGGCGUCGGGCGUGAUGUUUUGUGGGCAUCGUCAAAAUUUGUAUCCCCGUUGGCAGCGAUUCACGAGAGGACCAACACUUUUUGAAUUGUGCUCGGAUUUUGUACACUGGUGGGACGGCGUUCGCCCAACGUUUGGUGCGAUGAAACCACGUGUUUCGGUGUCGUUCUCAAUGACAGCGCUCGUCGAACUCGCGUCUGUGGCUGAAUGUCAUCUGCCUGUUAGAUGUAUUGUACCGUAAUAGAUGUCGCCCAUGGGGCGCAAUCGAUAUUGGUACAAUUCUGGACGAGACUUGAUUUCAAACAAGCCCAAUGAGUACUUGUAUUUCGCUCAGUUGUCUCAAGCAUACAAUAAAUAACACAUCGUAUCAGAGUACCAUGUAGCAAUGUUGUCCGUUGGGCGAGCGUCCUCCCCUGUCCCUCACCCGGGCUGCUGUGACCCUAGCCAUGCCGAUCACCACCCGUGCUCUGCGUACUCGGCAGAGGUGAGCCCCGUAUACGGCGGCGUGCUGAGACAGCCUCUGUUGAACCUGUUCGCAGCGCCGGUGACUGAGAUAGUAAGUGGUAUCGUUUGUCAGUUCGUCGACUCAGCCGUUAGAGCUGUUUGACGAGGUGACACCGGAGAAAGGGGCCGUGAGGAAAGGGGACAAUCGGAUGAUAAUCUUGGUGUACAGAGGCUUACGUUUAGCCAUUCGGUGAAGACUGCAUUCCUGGCAGAAAAUCUUGCAGGGUAGAAGUAGGUUAUGGGCGCCAUAUGGCUAACGUAGUUGGUGCGCCCCAAAGCCCAAAUCAUCCUCUUCUUACAGGUUAGUUUGAUGGUCGCUCUGGUCGAAAUGGAAGUCGGAUUAGCUGCGUCGAGAGGUGUGAACGGGCUGAGCAAGCUGAGCGUUCGGCUCCUAACGUCACUCACGAAGGUUG